GCUGCUACGGCUGUUGCCAUGCGGCGAGGGUAGGAAGGACCUCACUUCCCCGAGGUGUAAUAAUGUUAACAGAGGCCAGUCUAUCCAUAUGGGGAUGGGGAAGCCUUGGCGUUGUCCUUUUUCUAAUAACCUUUGGACCCUUUGUAAUAUUUUAUUUGGCAUUUUAUAUCCUCUGCUUUGUGGGUGGGGGUUUAGUGGUUACUCUCCUGUUUGGAAAAACAAACUCAGAAAAGUACCUAGAGCAGUGUGAACACUCAUUUCUUCCUCCAACAUCAUCUGGGGUUCCUAAGUGCUUAGAAGAAAUGAAACGGGAAGCCAGGACUAUUAAGAUUGAUCGAAGAUUAACGGGUGCCAGUAUAAUUGAUGAGCCUCUCCAGCAAGUUAUCCAGUUUUCCUUGAGAGAUUAUGUCCAGUACUGGUAUUAUACACUAAGUGAUGAUGAAUCUUUUCUUCUUGAAAUUAGGCAAACUCUUCAAAAUGCACUCAUUCAGUUUGCUACUAGGUCAAAAGAAAUAGACUGGCAACCUUAUUUUACUACGCGAAUUGUAGAUGAUUUUGGCACGCACCUAAGAGUAUUCAGAAAGGCUCAACAGAGGAUAACAGAGAAAGAUGAUCAAGUGAAAGGUACAGCAGAAGAUCUUAUAAAUACCUUCUUUGAAGUUGAAGUUGAAAUGGAAAAGGAGGUUUGCCGUGACCUAGUGUGCACUUCUCCCAAAGAUGAAGAAGGAUUCCUAAGGGAUUUGUGUGAGGUCUUAUUAUAUUUAUUGCUACCUCCUGGAGAUUUCCAGAACAAGAUCAUGCGAUACUUUGUCAGGGAAAUCCUUGCACAUGGAAUUCUUCUUCCAUUAAUAAAUCAACUCAGUGAUCCUGAUUAUAUUAAUCAAUAUGUCAUAUGGAUGAUCCGUGAUUCUAAUUGCAAUUAUGAGGCCUUUAUGAACAUUAUUAAAUUGAGUGACAAUGUUGGAGAGCUAGAAGCAGUUAGAGAUAAAGCAGCAGAAGAAUUACAGUAUCUUAGAUCUUUAGAUACAGCUGGUGAUGAUAUCAACACCAUAAAAAAUCAAAUAAAUAGCUUACUGUUUGUAAAGAAAGUGUGUGACUCAAGAAUACAGCGGUUACAGUCAGGCAAAGAAAUCAAUACUGUGAAACUGGCAGCAAACUUUGGGAAACUUUGCACAGUCCCAUUGGACAGCAUUCUUGUAGACAAUGUUGCACUACAAUUUUUUAUGGAUUAUAUGCAGCAAACUGGAGGUCAAGCACAUCUUUUCUUCUGGAUGACAGUGGAAGGGUACCGGGUUACAGCCCAGCAGCAAUUAGAGGUUUUAUUAAGUCGUCAGAGAGAUGGAAAACAUCAAACCAACCAAACCAAAGGUCUUUUAAGAGCAGCUGCUUUUGGAAUUUAUGAACAGUAUUUAUCUGAAAAGGCAUCUCCAAGAGUUACUGUUGAUGACUAUUUAGUAGCAAAAUUAGCAGAUACUUUAAAUCAUGAAGAUCCAACCCCUGAAAUAUUUGAUGACAUUCAGAGGAAGGUAUAUGAGCUGAUGCUACGAGAUGAACGGUUCUAUCCGUCCUUCCGACAGAAUGCACUAUACAUACGCAUGUUGGCUGAGCUGGACAUGUUGAAAGACCCCAGUUUCAGAGGAUCAGAUGAUGGGGAUGGAGAAUCUUUUAAUGGAUCUCCUACAGGAAGCAUAAAUUUGUCUUUAGAUGACCUUUCAAGUGUAACUUCUGACGACUCAGUGCAACUUCAUGCAUACAUUUCAGAUACUGGCGUUUGUAAUGAUCAUGGCAAGACUUAUGCAUUAUAUGCCAUCACUGUACACCGGCGCAAUUUGAACACUGAAGAGAUGUGGAAAACCUAUCGUCGUUAUAGUGACUUCCAUGACUUCCACAUGAGAAUUACUGAACAGUUUGAAAAUCUGUCAAGCAUAUUAAAGCUUCCUGGUAAAAAGACUUUUAAUAACAUGGAUAGAGAUUUUUUAGAAAAAAGGAAAAAGGAUCUAAAUGCCUAUUUACAGUUACUAUUAACUCCUGAAAUGAUGAAAGCAUGCCCAGCUUUGGCUCACUGUGUAUAUGACUUCCUUGAGAAUAAAGCCUACAGUAAAGGGAAAGGGGACUUUGCUCGCAAGAUGGACACUUUUGUAAAUCCACUUCGAAAUUCUAUGAGGAAUGUUUCAAAUGCAGUUAAGUCCCUUCCUGAUAGCUUGGCAGAAGGAAUGACUAAAAUGUCAGACAACAUGGGCAAAAUGUCAGAAAGAUUAGGUCAAGACAUAAAGCAAUCAUUUUUCAAGGUGCCUCCUUUAAUUACAAAGACUGAUUCAGAUCCUGAACAUUGUCGAGUCUCAGCUCAACUUGAUGAUAAUGUGGAUGACAAUAUUCCGCUUAGGGUUAUGCUGCUUCUCAUGGAUGAAGUAUUCGACUUGAAGGAGAGAAAUCAGUGGUUGCGAAGGAAUAUCAAAAACCUACUUCAGCAACUUAUUAGAGCUACAUAUGGUGAUACUAUUAAUAGAAAAAUAGUUGACCAUGUUGAUUGGAUGACCUCACCUGAACAAGUAGCUGACUCAGUGAAACGUUUCAGAGAUGCAUUUUGGCCAAAUGGCAUUUCAGCAGAGACUGUUCCGUGCAGAGACAAAGCUAUCCGAAUGAGAACAAGAAUCGCAGGAAAAACAAAAUUAUUUGCAAUAAUGCCAGAUGAACUGAAGCACAUUAUUGGAGCUGAAACAACACGGAAAGGUAUUCUUCGUGUUUUUGAAAUGUUUCAGCACAACCAGUUAAAUAGGAGAAUGGUUUAUGUCUUCUUGGAAGGCUUUUUAGAAACGUUAUUUCCACAGUAUAAAUUCCGUGAACUUUUCAACAAACUGCAUUCACGGUCAAAGCAGAUGCAGAAAUAUAAACAGAAACUUCAGACUACUCAAGCACCUUCUUUACAGAAAAGGUGACACGCCAGUCUGUGAAGCUGGUGUUCAUUUUGUCCAGGACUGAUGAUGGUAUGGACAGAUCUUCUGGGGCUUAACUCAUGUGCUGUUGUGUCUGCACCAGUCUUUAGUGUCUCAAAAUAGGUUAUCAGUACAUCCAUAGGACUGG